CUGCACCCAGUUGCUUUUCUUAACCCACUAUUUUGUGUUAAAUAACUAAGCAUACAGAUUUAUUUAUUUUUUAUGACGAAAGGGAAUUUCCAUUCUGACAAAAAUUCAGUGAAAAUUUAUUGAGGUUCUCAGUCUCUCUCUAUAUCUUCCUGGAAACGAAAUUUGUUUAAAAAACAUAACAUAUUUUUGUAGCAGUUUAUUGAAAAUGAGCAAAAUCUAAAAUCUAUUCCCUUUCUUGACAAUUCAUUAAUUGAAAAAUUGGUGAGAUCCAAAAAUUUUUGAUAAAUUUUGAAUAGGGUGAGAUCCAAAAUCUUCUGAUAAAUCUUGAAAGAGAGAAUUUAUCUCUAACAAAACAUCUUUCCAUUACGGCUUUUAGACGAGGAAUAAGUUUAUAUAAAGUUGAAGCCCAAAAGAAUCAAAUUAAAGUCCGUCCACCUUCAAAAUUCAGGUUUUGUGAAUCGCUCACAUAAAAAAUUGAGUAGCUCUCUCUUUCAUGCUCAAUCAUGCAUGGCAUCAUCUCAUUCUCUCUCUCCCCAAAAAAUGCAGCGCCAUCAAACAACUGCUCCAAAUCCAAGCCCAAAUCACCAUUCUGGGCCUAAUACACCACACACCAACACUAACCACUCUCAUAGAGGCUUUAGCUUUGCUUGAUUUCGGCCGCGGCUUAAGCGAAGCUCGUCAUAUUUUCGAACACUUAACAGACCCCAAAUUAUUCAUUUGGAACACCAUGCUAAGAGGCUAUGCAAGUAGUUCCAACCCGAAAGAGGCCCUGCAUUUAUACAAUCGAAUGCUUCGCCGAAAUAUUUUUCCUGACACAUUUACUUAUUCUUUUGCGAUUAAAGCAUGUGUUCCAAUCAGGGCCUUCUCCAAAGGGGAGGAAAUUCGAUGUCGUGCUUUGAAAUCCGGCCUGGAGUCGUCUGAGUUUGUGCGGAAAGCUGUCGUGCGUCUCUAUGUUUUCUGUGGCGAAAUCUCUGUUGCUUCCGAAAUGUUUGACGAAAUUCAGGAGAGAGAUGUGGUAUUGGAGACCCUCAUGCUUGAUGGGCUGGCGAAGCGUGGGUUACUUGAAAGAGCGCGAAAGUUGUUUGACGAGAUGCCUCAGAGAAAUGUAAUUUCAUGGGGUGCAAUGAUAUGUGGCUAUGUUCAUAACAUGCAUUACGAUUGUUCUUUGGAAAUUUUCAGAGAGAUGAUGGGUUCAGGUAUGGUGCCUAGCGGGUUCAUUUUGAGUAUCGUCUUAAGGGCGUGCGCGAGCCUAGGUGCGCUCGACCAAGGCAAGUGGGUCCAUGCCUAUAUGGGUCGGCAUGGUGUGGUCAUGGAUGUCAUUGUAGGCACCGCCCUAGUCGACAUGUAUGCCAAAUGCGGAUGCAUAGCAUUAGCUGAACAGAUCUUCGUGGUCAUGCACAACAGGAAUGUACUCACGUGGACCGCCAUGAUAUAUGGGCUAGCCAUGCAUGGUUACACUGAGAGAUGCCUCGCCUUAUUUCUAGAGAUGGAGAGAGAGAGGGUGAAACCUAAUGAGCUCACCUUUGUGGCCGUAUUGUGUGCUUGUAACCAUGGUGGGCUCGUGGAAGAGGGUCGCAAGCUCUUCGGCUCGAUGAGCAGGGAUCACGGGAUUGAGCCCGGGUUGAUCCACUAUGGGUGCAUGGUGGACCUUCUUGGGCGAGCUGGGCUCAUUGCAGAGGCCAUGGAAGUGGUUAAGGGGAUGCCAAUGAGGCCUGAUGGUGCUAUUUUGAGGGCUCUUCUUGGUGCUUGCCGGCUUCAUGGGAAUGUUGGGAUCGGGGAGAGAGUCGCCGAGGAGUUGUUUGAGGUUGACAAUCACUACAUUGGUGAUUACAUUCUUCUUUCUAACUUAUAUGCUAUGGUGGGGAGAUGGGAUGGGGUACUCUACUUGAGAGAAAGGAUGAGAAUGAAAGGGGUGAAGAAGGUUCCUGGGUUGAGCUGUGUUGAAGUGGACGGUCACAUGCAUGAGUUUCUUGUACAGAAUAUGACAUAGUGCUCAAAUGGUAAUUUA